AUGUCUUCCACCAUUCCUUUUACCCUCGACGUUCCGACGUCCCUUUGCAUUGCCUUUACUCUAUCGUUCAUGCCUAUCGCUUACCUGCUUGGUACAUCACUGAUACCGUCUUCUCAGACGCGCAACCGGAUCCUGUUUUACUGGCACGCCUACGAUGCCCUGACCCACAUCUUCAUCGAAGGAUCGUUUCUCUACGAGUGCUUCUACAGCUACACCACGCUCCCCGCCGGGUUCAGCAAAGAGCCAUACUUCCUAGGCUACAAGGACCGCGUAUACGGAGCAGCCUACGGAACGGGACCAAGUGCGCGACUGUGGCAGGAAUAUGCAAAAGCGGACCGUCGCUGGGCUGGCGCAGAUGCUACCACUAUCUCUAUUGAACUGUUGACCGUAUUCCUCGGUGGCCCGGCUGCCAUGUAUGUGUGCUACUUGCUGUGGAAAGCAUCGAGUAGCCGGUCGACUGCGCCGGCAAAAGGCACAGCUAAGGCGAGAUUGUGGUUGGUUGCGCCAGCGCUGGCGACGGCUGAGCUGUACGGAGGAUUUAUGACUUUUGCGCCUGAAUGGCUGACGGGAAGUUCCCAGCUGGACACAAGUAAUGCUGUGUACCUCUGGUUUUACCUCUUCUUCUUCAACACCUUGUGGGUGUGGAUUCCGCUCUGGGUCCUCUGGGAGGCUGCGAAAGAGCUGCGAGCAGCCUUUGUGGCGGCAGAAAAAGCUGACGAGCGCCGGAAGAUCAAGUGA